AUGACCCCUGAGCAGAUUGAAGUCAUUCGACAGACGGUGCCCGUGAUCCAGCAGCAUGGCUACGACAUCACCACGGUAUUCUACCGUAACAUGCUCACUGCCCAUCCGGAGCUAAACAGCGUCUUCAACUUCACAAGUCAGAAGACAGGCCACCAAGCCAGAGCCCUUGCGGGGGCCCUCGGUGCCUACGCCGCCAACAUCGACAACCUAGUGGCCCUAGGCCCAGCCCUGGAGCUGAUAUGCAACAAGCACGCGUCCUUGAACAUUACUCCCGAGCAAUACGAGAUCGUGGGCGAAUUCUUGAUUGGCGCGAUGCAGGAGGUGCUCGCCACGGCAUUCACGCCCGCCAUCCAGGACGCCUGGGCUGCCGCGUACUGGCAGUUGGCGAAUAUCAUGAUUGAGAAAGAGGCCUCGUUGUACGAGCAGGACCGAAGCUGGGACACAUGGAGGAAUUUUACAGUGUUUGAUAUCAUCCCCGAGUCAGACGAGAUUUCGUCGUUCAUCCUUCGGCCAGCCGACGGGGCAUCGCUACCAGCAUUCCUACCAGGGCAGUAUGUGUCAGUUCGCCUACAUGUGCCGCGGCUGGGAUACACACAGGCCCGUCAAUACUCGCUGAGUGAUCGGCCGAAUCCCGACUACUAUCGAAUCAGUGUCAAGCGCGAGACCGACCCGGCUCCAGGCGAGUCGGACCGAGAGGGACUCGUGUCUAACCUUCUCCACCUCUUCGACGCACCCAGGAAAACGAUUCAAAUGUCCCACCCUCGCGGUGACUUCUUCUUGACUAGCCUGCAGGACUCUUGUCCGGUGGUCUUAAUAGCGGCCGGCGUUGGGAUUACUCCGCUUCUGUCCAUGUUCAACAGUAUCGUGGACAACACGCGCAAAGUCACGCGCAGCGUCCACAUGAUUCAUGCGGUGCGGACCACGGGCGCGCGAGCCUUUAAGAGUCACCUCGUAGCCGCCGCUAGAAUGAAUGUCAACGCCAAGGUGACCUUCUACGUUGAGCAAUUGCGGCCGGAAGACCGAGCCGGAACGGAUUUUACCCAUGUUGGUCGCGUGAAUGUCCAUGGCCUGAACCCUCGGGAUGACCUCUACUUGCAUGACCGACGUGCCGAAUAUUACAUUUGUGGGCCAGCACCAUUUAUGCAGAAUCUGCGCGCCUCGUUGCUUACCCUUGGUGUUGAAUCUAGUCGUAUUAGAAUGGAGCUAUUCGGCUCCGGAGGCCCGGAAAUAAAGGCAUCACAAGCAAACUUGUAA